AUGGAUGGAGUCGAGGUCACUUCUGUUGAAGGUGACGGCGAACUGGCAAAAGCGGUUGCGGCAGCCAACGACGAAAAACUUCUCAUGAAGUACGCUCAGUCCUCUGCUGAAGGCAAGCGGCGAUCUGGCUCUGCAAGACGUGUUUUCGCACCUUCCAGUGGCCCUCUGUCAGGGGAGCCUUUGCAAAUCAGCAGAGGGUCUCCUGAACCUGAAGCUGGAGAACUCGUUCUGGCAAACAACAGAGUUGGGGGCCUACGUUUGCAACAUCAUCUUGCUGAUCGUGAAAGUCCCGGACACCUCAAGGGUGCUGGCAUGGCGCACGAGGCAAAUGAAAUGAGUAGACCUCUUGCACGUGCAUAUUAG